AUGCGGACACGUUUGCCUUGUAUAUUGACAUCAGAGUUGAUCAACCCAGGACUGCUGGUAGAGGUUGUUCUAGCACCUGAUUGUGGUGAGCUACAGCAACUGGGACUAAAAAAGUUUCCAAAUUCUCAUCAACUCUCUAUCAAUGUCAUCUUUAUAUUCAGCAAAAGUUUAGAGACUACUAUGAACAUUUACAAGGAGCUGCAUAUUGGCAAGUUCUCGUGGGCAAAUGUUUUCAGCUCUCUCUCUGAUCUUCAUAAGAAGGCGAGAUGCAAGACGAGCCUCAACACUGGUGAUAAUCAAUGGAAAAAACCUCUAGGUUCUUUGAAAAGUAAGAAAAAUGAAACCAUGAAAAUGGGUGUGCAAGAAAAGUGCAAGGAAACUCGUAAGAACUUGGUGAAGUUACCAGAGGAAAAUAAAAGGACAAAUGAUAAAAUAUCUAAAAAUGAGUACACUAAAGGUAAACUGGGGAAACAAUCUGACCUAAAUAUGGCUGAAUUUGUUCAAUGUAUUAAAUGUUCGGAGGCAAAAUGUUUGUGCUCUUUAAAGACUGAAGAGAUUCUUGAAUCUUCAGAAAGUGGCAAGAUAGUAAAUUCAUCUGUAAACAAGGCCACGGAGUUGGAUAAAGGGGAUAAGAAGGCUUUGGGAGAAACAGUUACAGAAUGUGGGAAAUCGUUGAAAGGAAGGAAAGGGAAUCAACCUAGCAAACUUCAUAAGAUCAGUAUCUUGGAUACAGAAAAGUUACAUGAAGUGUUUUGUUCAAAAGACAUAUGCAAGCCAGACAUUAUUAAGCCUAGUAUGCUGAAAAAGAAGGAACUUGAAAAUAGCUUGAAAAGAACCUCUUCACAGUGUAGCAGUAAAGAAUCAAAUAAAUUAAAAGAUGUCAUCCCUGGCCUUGUGAUGUCAUCUGAAACAAGGAAGCCUAAUAGGAAAGAUGUGAAAAAUUCCAAGGUGUUAAGUACAUUCCCAAAGCAUCAUUUACCCUCCAGUGACUUGUUGAAAGACAAGUCAAAAGAUACGAAGAAAUCAUUCAAGUGGACUAUUAAAAAUUUUACAAAAAAAAAUCCAUUAAUGAGGGGGUGCAAAAUUAAGAAAAGGAAACCUUUAAAUAGAGAGAAACUGGUGGAAGGUGGAACAUGUAAAGAGAAUAAGGAGACUGGUUGUUUGAAAGAUGAAAAGAUUUGUAAGAACUCAGAGCUAAUUGAAGAAGACAAGAGUUUGAUUGAAUCAGAAGAAAUCUCCAAAUCUCUAGUGCUUCUUCCUGUAAGAGAGGGAGAACUAGAAGAGACCAAUAUUAAUGAGAAAACUAGCAAGCUGUCUAAGUCAUUCAGUUUGAGUCAUACUGGAAAAGAAUUUAGCACAUCCUACAAUGCGAGUAAAGAUAAUGUAUGUAGUAAAACAGGAUUGAGUAAUUAUCAGCAUUUACUUGAAACUUCAGAAUUUAAGAGAAAGAUUGAUGACAAAGCAGCAGAGGAAUUUUGUGCCCCAAGGAAGAAAGUAAAAUUAAGUGACAGAGAUAUAAAACAGUCAGACACAGUCACCAUUUCUAAGAUAUGUGAUUCACAAGAAAAUACAUUUAAUUCAGUGAAUCCAAUAGAUGCAAGUUUAGGACUUAAAAAAACAGAAAAUACAAAUGAUGGCUUUCAUAGUCCCAGAAUGGAAGUUCGAGUAAAUAAUAAUACUGAUAUUAAAGAAAUGAAAGAUACACAAAAUUUUAUUUUUUCAGGUAAUGAGAGAGACAGAGUAGAGGAAGUGAGAAAGCCUCACCAAAAUAUAAAUCCUCCCCAACCCUCUUGCCCACUACAGAUAAAAAAACUUGAAUUGAAGUCUGCACAUAUUGGUGAUAAGAGACAUCAGAGAAUAUGUAAAGAAAAAGAAAUAAAAUCACCUUUACCUGAGUUUGAAUGUAUCACUGCUGACAGUGUGCUAGAUGGUUUGGAGAAAGGAUCAAGCUGUGUUACUCAAGAUAAUAAAGAAAAACUAAAAUUGGAAGCAAAUGGAAAGGUUGCAUUAUACAGUUUAAAAGACAGCCUUGCUGUUUCUGACGACUGUAUACCAGGCACAGUACAAAUUCUGAUAGACAAAGAUCUAAAAGCAAUUGUAGAUCAUCCAGUUGAUCUUUGUUGCCUUAAUCUAAAGCCAUCUAAUCUAGAAUAUCCAAAUAAUGAAAGUUCCCAACAGCAAAAAGCUAAACCUGAAAUUAUGGGAACUGAAGUUGAUAUGCUUUCACUUAAUUUGUCUUCCUCAAAUGUAGAGAAGCAAAGCUUACUUGAUGUGUGUAAUGAAACAGUGAUAGUUGAUGAAAGUACUAUUAAUGCUUCAAAAACUGCCAAAUUAUCCUCCAAUGAUAUAGUGACCUCUUCGGAUAUGAGCAAGAAAGUGUCAAUGUGUAACUCUGAGCAGUCCCUGGCUGUUAAGCUACCCUUGUCAUCUAUGUCUGUGGCAGUAGUCACAAAUGAAUUGCUUGCUGAUGGUAGCAAGCUCAGUUUAGUUGAAAAGUCAACUCUUCCUCCAGAUAAAUCAAUACCAGGACCACUUACAGUGUGCCACCCUCCAGGACAUUCCCAGAAGCCAGGAACUUGUAUGUUUUCACCUAGCAAUUUACAGUGUCUUUCAGAGGGAUCUCUUGAUAAAGAAAAACCCUCUUGUGCAGAUAAAUUGUAUGAUAGCAAAUUCAGAUGUCAUAAUAAAUUUAAAAAUGAGGAUAAAUUUAAAAUAAGUAAUUUAAAUUGUGUACUAGUAAAUUCAGACAAUUCUAGUGUUCCUUCAAUAUCAAAAGUGCAAAAGACUAGAGUAAGUGAUGAUGCAUCUUGUAUAAAGUCAAUAAAUGUACAUAAUUCUCCAAAGUUUAAUGAUAAAGAGAAUGUUAGUCCCUCACAGAUUACAAAAUUUUCAAAAGUUGAAUGUGUGCAGCUAAACCCACUUGAAAAUCAAAAGGAAAAUGCAAAACAAAUAAUUCCAGAUCUAAACAAUAGUUCAGCUUCUCAAGGAUUUCGGAGGAUACAGAAAAAAGCUCGUGUAGAUAUCACACCACAUGCAAAUGUCACUGAAGUGUUUAAAAAUACAGAUGCUUCAAGUUGUAUUGCAUUGCAAUGCAGUGCACAUAAUGAAUUUGGAGAGAGUAAAAGUGGUCACUCACACUGUUUAGAAUUUGAUGUCAAUCCUUGCCAUAGGCAAUCAAGUUCAAAUUUGGAAUCAUUCUGUAAAGGGAUGAAAAAUAAAAUACAGUCAUACAGUAAUUGUUUAGCAAGUAAUGAUGUUGAAUCCCCUCUUCAUGGUGGAAUAAAGACUUUAGCAAACUUUAUUAGGAAACCAUUACAUAUGGAUCAAAAUGUAAGAUGGAAAUAUUGUGUUGAAAACAAUGCUAGUAAUGGAGGUCAGCAGCUGGGAUUUGCUCAUUUAGAUAAGCAACUCAGAGCACUAAUUGUUCAACAACUCAUAGAGCUACAUGAACCACGUAAAACCAAAAAUUCAAAAUCUCUUUCCCAUAGUCUGAGUGCAGAGAAGUCUUGCUUGAAGUCUCAGAUACUUCAAAACCUUCAGAUGUCAGGCCACAGUAGCAGUAAGCAUGACUAUUAUGAGGAAAAUCAUGGAAGUGAAAAUACACUAAAAUAUAAUGAAUUGAAAACUAAUACCAAACCUUCAAUAGUGAAAAGCUCCAUGUCUUCUAAUGUAGCAGUGGUAAGAGGUUGUCAGCUGCCAGUCCAAUUCUGCCCUCAAAGAACAUCAUCUCCAAAAACUGAGGGUGAAAGCUUGUACACCUGGAAAGGUAGUUCUUCUCUUGAGUCAUCAGAGGUAUUACAAGAGCCAAAGUAUAUCCACCUUCUUGGUGCAGAUCAACAGGAAGUUGUCAAACUGAAGUGUUUGUUAGUAAAUCAUGAGAAGUCUUAUUCUGGCCUUAAGGGUGUAGAGUUAUCUGGGGGUCACAUAUAUGUGCGACCAUCAGGUCUGCAUCACCUGCUUACUCAUCCGUCUCUGGCAAAGCUCUCAACAUUGCCAAAUGUCCAUUUUGGUGUGUACAACUCUCUUUUGACUAUCCUGAAUGACGAUGCUGCUCUUAUACUCAAGUCCAAGUGGCUGCUGCUUAUACAUCACACAGCCAUGUUGGAAGAAUCUUUAGACAAAAUACUUGAGGAAGUACUGAAAGACAGAGACAUGAAUGCCUCUAACUACCACCAACUGUUUGUGCCCAGCCUCACUCUCCAGACCUGUGCUCAUGUGUUAUCAGGCAUUAAAAAAAUUUCCAAAAAGGAGCAGGAGUUGAGUAAUAUUCUUCAGAGGAACAUGCUGAAACUUUGGAAAUGUGUUGUUGUUGGUGCUGCUCAGGUUAUUGGAGGAGAUGGUGGUUUUGCUACUUUAAGUCCAGAGUCUACUACCUCAGAUUUCGUACAGUGUCUGAAAGUCUUACACCGUGACUUGAAAUUUGUUCAUCGUCACACUACUGUUCUUGUUGGCAGCAGCAUGUUGAAGUGUGAGGCUACUACUGAGACUUUCUACACUCUGACCACUGUCCACGAGGCAACUAAAUCCAUUGUUGUUAAUGAGUAGCACAGUAAGCAAUUUUCAUAAUACAUAACUUAAAUGGUGGAAUAUGCAAGAUAAACGCAGGAGUAGAUUACGAAAUUUGCGAAACUAAGUCAUUUUUGUACUAAUUCACACAAGGUGAAUGUUGCAUGGAAAUAUCCUGCUUCCCUUAACAAGACCUAAGCACAGCAUACAUACUUUUAAGCUAAAUGACACAUGGGCGAAGUACACCUUUUGUUUAAUGUUAUUUUGCUGUUGGUGGAACUUGGACAAAGCUCCUUAGAGUAAAGCUUCAUGAAGUAAUUGUUUUACUGUGUCUUUGUCACUGUGUUGGUCUGCAAGUUGCAUACAUGUGUCCCUCCAGUUGCAUACAUAUGCUCCUUGAGUUGCACACGUGUUUUUAAAAAUCUUGCUAGUUACAAGCAUAGGAAAAAUAUCUUAAUUUUCUCGUAAAUUUUAAAACCAAUGAAAAUUGAGAAUGUUUGUUGCUGGGUUUUGAAGUGUUUGUUUGUCUAAGUGUGUCAUGUAUGAGUGUCUGUGUAUCAGUACAAGUGUCUGUGUAUCAGUAUGAUGUUCAAUGUAUC